GCAGUCAUAUAGGGUCCUUCAUAGUUAGUGUCCCCGGAGUGUCUCAAAUCAUAUGUCACUGAUAGUUUUUUUUAACUUGCAUGAAGUUGAUAGGGCUUACAUGAACACUUUCCCAAGCACAGGUUCUGAUGACGCUGUACAGUGGAGCAUCGGGACCUUUUGCGGGGCUGAUUGCUGUUGCCAUCUGCCUGCCAUGGGCAAAGACCAGGGGUACCGCAGCUGCUACUUCUAUAGUGUUCGCGCUCGUAUUGUGGCAGACAGUGGGCAGGACCCUGUCUGGAGCAGAACCACCGAGGAUGAACACCACGCUGCUUCGCUGCCCUCAAAACACCACACGUGGUGCCUUAAUCUUCAAUGUGGGGCGCAGUCCCACUGAGCGCGCGUGGACCAAGAAUCUCACCAGCAUCAGGCACAGUGCGUACAAAGAUAGCAUGCACGAAGAUUCAUUCCUGCUCUACUACCUGUCUUCCUACUGGGUUUCCCUCAUCGCCUUUGUAGCUACAGUUUUGCUGAGUCUCGUGUUCAGUUUCAUUCUGGGUGACAAGCGAGAGCCGGAAGGAAACCUGCAUCUUUAUAGCCCUGUCUUUAUUCGGCUAUGGAGGAGACUCGGCCUUCUCACAAAGGAGCCCAUUGAUGACGAGGUUGAGGAAAUGAAGGAUGACGACACAGCGGAGGAAAUGUUAUCAUUUCUGCAGCUAAACGAACUGUUCCACACCAACGCUUCGCAGAAUCCUAAGAAUACCCUUACGCAGUUGACAGCGGGUUUCUAGUUCAGUGCGCUUUUAUAGAGGAAGCUAUCAGUUAGAAACUUAUAUCUAAAUUCAUGGGAACGGAGAAAUUGUUGUCUUUUUUGUAACAGCACCAAUUUUGAUUACAUUUGUUUCAUUUUAACGGUGUUAAAAUGUAGUACCUGUACACCCUUAGGCAAAGUUGCACCCUUUCGGGUGUAUCUCUGCCACACAAUAAUAAUCGUCAUCUGCCUUGCUUGCAUUUCCUUUCUUGAAAUCGCCACGCCCGCUACUUUCCUGUUGGGUAUGCUAUCUCAUGCUGAUAACGCCCAUGUCGUUCGUUACUGGAAAGUACCGGACUCGCGGCGUUAAAGAAAGGAAAUGCGGACAAGACAAAUGACGAUUAUUGUUGUGUGGCAAAAGAGUGUAAUUUUGCUUAAGAGUGGAGGAACACUUAUGCUUGAAAUUUCUUGCUACAUUUUGGAAGUUUCAGAAUUUCACAAAGCUCAAGUAUCAAGCUUGCAACUCAGUAACCACAGAAUAAAAAACACAAUAUCA